AUGUCAGCCCCGGCAGCCAACACCCACGAUCUCAAGUCACCACCUUCAACCGUGACUCUUCUGGCUCAAAAACUACCCAAACCAUACAUCAACAGUCUCUGUGGUGCCGCCGCCGGUGUUGCUUCGGGUAUCGUUACAUGCCCGCUCGAUGUCAUCAAGACCAAGCUGCAGGCCCAAGGCUCUUUCCGGCACCAGCAGCAUAACCAGACCUCUCCUUCAACUUCCCAAGUCUACCGAGGCCUCAUUGGAACCGCAAAAACAAUCGUGCGUCAGGAUGGCCUCAAGGGCAUGUAUAGAGGUCUCGGACCCAUGGUGCUUGGUUAUCUCCCCACCUGGGCUGUCUACAUGAGCAUCUACGAUAUAGCAAAGACGAACUACUCGGAACGAAUUGGUAAGUCGACCCAAUCUGAAACCUGCCUAUCGCAUGCUGACCUGCGCUCAGAACCACAAUGGUUUGCUCACGUGUGCUCAUCCGUCACGGCCGGUGCCUGCUCGACGCUUGCAACAAAUCCCAUCUGGGUCAUCAAGACUCGUCUCAUGUCUCAGAUAUCUACAAAAGCCGUUGAAGGACAUCGCACCCCUUGGCACUACAACAACACUUGGGAUGCUGCUCGUCAAAUGUACAAGGGCGAGGGCAUCAAGGCCUUUUAUUCCGGUCUGGCUCCCGCAUUAUUGGGUCUUACACAUGUCGCCAUCCAAUUCCCGCUAUAUGAGUACCUAAAACUCAGAUUUACCGGUGUUGAGAUGGGCGCAGCUCCUCCGAGCCAAGGCACAAACUCGGUCGGUGUGCUCGCUGCGACCUGCAUCAGCAAGAUUUGCGCUACCACUGCUACAUAUCCUCACGAAGUCUUGCGCACUCGUCUACAAACACAACAAAGAGGCAUCCCUAGCUCUGAUGGCAUGAUCAAUAAGCCCCGCUAUCAAGGUGUCAUCAAGACCUGCAGACUUAUCCUAUACGAAGAGGGCUGGACUGCCUUCUACAGCGGCAUGGGAACCAAUCUCAUCCGAGCCGUCCCUGCCGCCAUGACCACCAUGCUUACCUUUGAAACUCUCAAAAGUGUUAUCGUCCGUAUGCAAGCCGAGGAUGAAGACGAGCACCUUCCCGGAACCCUUUAG